GACCCGAUGCCUGCUGUGCAAGAGCUGCGGGAGGACAUUUGUGAUGCCAUGCACAGCUGGACGGAUUCCCUCCCGCAAGCGCGAUUCAACGAAGUGACGCAGUCGUUGGCCUGGGAAAUGCGGGAAGAUCCUGCUUGGGUGGAGACCUAUGGGGAUCAUUUCAGUUGGCAUGUGUAUUGGUCUUGGGCCAAGAAGCCCGGGACAUAUGGAACUUUCGCCAACAUUUCCUCCUUUUGCCGCCUUCGCAGCAUCUCCGUAGACGUUUACGCCCAACGAGCAGAUCGGAAAAUCUGCAUUUGGCAAGAACGUGCGAGUGCGGAUGGCCCAGAAGCCGGCCCCAUUCCCAUUCGCUUGUUGUGGACCGGCAACCACUUUGAUUUGUUG